AUGGAAAGUUGUAAGGCUACAUUUACUAACAAUCGACCUGGAAAAAAGUGGUAUUAUGGAUUUCUUAAGAGGCACAAGGUUCUGUCACAAAAACAUGCAGAAUAUGUCAAUAGGUCUAGAGGUUCUGUUACAGAAGAGAAAAUAAGAAACUGGUUUCACGAAGUAUCCAUCACUUUAAAUGAUAUGGAUGUGUUAAAUGACCCAAAUAGAAUUUUUAAUAUGGAUGAAACUUCUUUUUUUCUGGCUCCUAAAGGGGAAUUAAUCAUAGGUCCUCGUGGCCAUCAUGUUUAUGAAGAGUCAUGUAACUCUGACAAAGAUAACGUUACUACAUUGUUUGCAGUGAAUGCUGCUGGAAAAUUUGCUCCUCCCUUAACACUGUUCAAAUAUGCAAGGAUUCCAGCAUCAUUGGUGAAAGCAGCUCCUCCAAACUGGGGCAUUGGAAAAACAGAAAAUGGGUGGAUGACAGGUGAAAGUUUUUUUGAGUAUAUAACAAAUGUAUUUGAUCCGUUCUUGAAAGAAGCUGAAAUUCCCCGGCCUGUAGUAAUAUUUUUAGAUGGGCACUGCUCUCAUUUGACACUUCAUUUGAGCCGAUAUUGUAGGGAAAAUCAGAUCAUUCUAGUUGCUCUCCAUCCCAAUUCUACACACAUCUUGCAACCAUUAGAUGUAGCUGUCUUUGGACCUAUGAAAAAAAUGUGGAAGAAGAUUGUUCAGAAAUGGCGUUUUGAAAAUAAUGGCACUGAAAUUUCAAAAUCUGAUGUACCUUCUGUUCUGUCACAAAUUAUUACAGAACCUAAAAUGGUGGCAAAUAUUCGUGCUGGUUUCAGGGCCACUGGUCUGUUUCCAUUUAAUGUGAACAAUGUAGAUUACAGCAAGAUAGUUGUUCGUAGUAUACCAGCCUCAACCACAGUUCUGACAAAUGAGGAACUUCAGAGACAUUUCUCAUACAUAGAAAAGCAAAUUGAUCCUGUCCUUCUAGAUGAGUUCAGAGCAACCAAGAGAAGCAAUCAUGAGUGGGAAGGAAAUCAAGAAGCAUAA